CGGCAAGGGGGACUGCAGCUCCGCAGAGUCAGCCCAGCCGGUGUCCGGGAGCUCGGCAUGGCGAUCCCCGCGGCGUCCAUGGGGCCCUCGGCGCUGGGCCAGAGCGGUCCUGGCUCGAUGGCUCCCUGGUGCUCAGUGACCAGCGGCCCGACGCGCUACGUGCUCGGGAUGCAGGAGCUGUUCCGCGGCCACAGCAAGACGCGCGAGUUCCCGGCGCACAGCGCCAAGGUGCACUCGGUGGCCUGGAGCUGCGACGGGCGUCGCCUGGCCUCGGGGUCCUUCGACAAGACGGCCAGCGUCUUCCUGCUGGAGAAGGACCGGUUGGUCAAAGAAAACAAUUAUCGGGGGCAUGGGGAUAGUGUGGACCAGCUCUGUUGGCAUCCAAGUAAUCCUGAUCUCUUUGUCACUGCAUCUGGAGACAAAACCAUUCGCAUCUGGGAUGUGAGGACUACAAAAUGCAUUGCCACUGUGAACACUAAAGGGGAGAACAUCAAUAUCUGCUGGAGUCCCGAUGGGCAGACCAUUGCUGUAGGCAACAAGGAUGAUGUGGUGACGUUCAUUGAUGCCAAGACACACCGUUCCAAAGCGGAGGAGCAGUUCAAGUUUGAGGUCAAUGAAAUCUCCUGGAACAAUGACAAUAACAUGUUCUUCCUGACAAAUGGCAAUGGUUGUAUCAACAUACUCAGCUACCCAGAGCUGAAGCCUGUGCAGUCUAUCAACGCCCAUCCAUCCAACUGCAUCUGUAUCAAGUUUGACCCCAUGGGGAAGUACUUUGCUACAGGAAGCGCAGAUGCUUUGGUCAGCCUCUGGGAUGUAGAUGAGUUAGUGUGUGUUCGGUGCUUUUCCAGGCUGGAUUGGCCUGUGAGGACCCUCAGUUUUAGCCAUGAUGGGAAAAUGCUGGCAUCUGCAUCGGAAGAUCAUUUCAUCGACAUUGCUGAAGUAGAGACAGGAGACAAGAUGUGGGAGGUACAGUGUGAGUCCCCCACCUUCACCGUGGCUUGGCACCCCAAAAGGCCUCUGCUGGCAUUUGCCUGUGAUGACAAAGAUGGCAAAUAUGACAGCAGUCGGGAAGCUGGAACUGUGAAACUUUUUGGGCUUCCUAAUGAUUCCUGAUAGGAGGACCUGAUGUAUGGAGAAGGCCCAGGCAGAGGCUUCCAUUGUAUAGUUAAUUUGGUCUGUUCUCUUGGAGUUGGUGGGCACCUAAAGUAUUUAUAAAUUGGUAUAAACUAUACAAGUCUUUUGUCAGGCUGCCCAUUCCGGUUUCCUUCGUAUUUGUUAUGGUAGCUGUUCCCGUUCCUUGCGCCCUGCAGGAGGGCUCUGCAGUGAUGACACCAGCAUACCUUGUCCUGUGGGGACCUCCUGUCUUUCUGCUUUUGGGGGUAUGGUGGACUUUGUUGGGCUUGCUUCUGCUUGCCACCUCGUUUGAAGGGGUGGGUGAGGAAGGGUGAGAUGGGGAUGGAGAUUUUUUAUAAUAAAAAAGAAAUACAUUUACUGUUGAGAAUUGAGCAUUUAAUAAAACUGACUUUUUAAUUAUGGGA